AUGACCAAUCACAAUACGUUCACAUCUGCUCAUUCCUCAGAGAAUGUGAAUGGUUCAUUAACGGACGUUACACAUGAGAGCAGUGGGAAAAUGAACGGCGAAUUAACGAGUUAUUUAGAGAAAAAUGCGGAUCAAUCACAAAAACCUAUUCUUGAAUUUCCAAACAAACGAACUCAAGAUUACGGAGAAAAACCAAAGUCGUUCUGGAUAAUAAAUCUCAUUCAUUUGCAAAAUGUUACAAAAGAUUUGAUCGAAGACUUGGCUACAAUGCCUGAGGUUAAACAAAUUCGUCUUGAAGGUUAUGCAACAACAGAUAAAAAACCUUCGAUUUGA